CAAUGUUGAUUUGUUUUUUGCAGAAGCAAACAUGAGAGUCCCUCUCUCCCCUUCCACAUUCCACCUCCCCAUGUGAUGUGAAGCCCUCCCCUGUCCCCUCCCUACCUCCAUCUCUCUCUCCCUCUCUUGAACACUGAGCCUCUUUGCUUACAUACAAUUCAGUAGUGUAGUAAUUCACUGCAGCAGCUGCAUUUGUUUUGGUGCUGCACUCACUCACUCGUCUUUUGGUUUCUUGGGGGUCAACUGUGCUGUGCUCUUCCAUCUUUCCUUUCUCCUCCUCCUCUGCUUCUUUGAUUGCUUUGCACUGUUUCAGCUGGGAUCGGAUCGGUACAAUACAGCCAUUCCAUCCAUAAAGGUGGCCAAACCUCAUCUUUCAGAUUCAGCUUGGUUGUUUUGCUGCGUGUGAGCAAGUUUUCUGAGCUUUUCUUUUGUGCAAGAAGCAAAGAACAAGACAAGAAUCUGGCUUGCUUGUUCUUUAUCGUUAGAAGGAAUCUCCGCUUGCUGCUGCUUCGUUUCUGCAUCUGUUUCUGUUCUUCUAAUGGUGAAUGAAUAAUCCCUAGAGCGAGAGAGAGAAAGCUGUAGAUAGAGUUAAAGAUGAGAGCUCUGAGCAGAGUCGGCGUCGGGUUGGCGGUGGUGUCCGCGCUGCUACUGCUCGCGCUCGCCGCCGAGCUCUACUACCUCUUCGUCUACAAGCGCCGCCGCUCCGCCGCCAUCUCCGACGCCGCCUCCUCGCCCUCCUCUUCUUCUCGCGAGCUGCUCCAGCUUUUCUGCUUCAAGAAGCCGCCCGCGCUCGCCUCGACCUACGCGCAGGAGCCGCACGCCGGCGAGGCGGUGGUGGCCGUGGCCGUCGACGACGACGACGACACGGUGGAGGCGCAGCUGAUGCGGCUGGGCAGCCUCGUCGGCCCCACGCGGCUGCUCUUCACCAUCAAGGAGGAGACCAAGGAGGACCUCGAGUCCGAGGACGGCCGGAGCCGGUGCGGGAGGAGCCGGAGCCUCGCCGAGCUGCUGCAUUCGUCGGAGACGCCGUUCAUGACGCCGGCGUCAUCGCCGCUGCCGAUGGACAAGUCCUUCAACCCUCUGUUCGAGCCCACGGUGGCGGCGGCCGUGACGGUGUCGCCGCCGCCCAAGUUUCAGUUCUUGAAGGACGCCGAGGAGAAGAUGUAUCGGCGGGCGCUCGCCGAGGAGGCCAUGAGGGCGCGGAGGUCGCCGCAGACGAGGUCACCGGCGGCGGCCGGAGAGGAGGACGGCGGGUACAUCACCAUCAUGGUGGGGAAGAACAACAAGGUCAUCCCCUUGCCGUCGCCUCCCAGCAAUGGUGAUGGUGAUCUGCAGUAGUGAGUUCUUUGCAAAAUUUUAAUUAAGAAGGCCUUAAUUAACUUUGUUCAUCCAGUGUUCUAGUGUAGCUCUUUGCCUGUAAUUUUCUCUCUCUCUCUCUCUCUCUUUUCUUUUUGGUUUAUGGUCUUCUGAUCAUGCCAAAUUGGAUGGUUGGAUGUACAUAACAUGAAUAUUAUCAGCAGCCAAGAACUUCAGAUCAAUAUAUUUUUCUUCUUCUAAUGUGUA